AUCGAACAAGCAAUAUGGGCUCCCAAGAGAAAAUCCUGCCCCAGAAGGGCCAACGGAAUAUUCUCGUUACCAGCGCCUUGCCUUACGUAAAUAACGUUCCCCAUCUCGGAAACAUUGUGGGCUCCGUUCUUAGUGCCGAUGUCUUUGCUAGAUAUCACAAAGCCUGUGGCAGACCGACUCUAUACGUCUGCGGAACCGACGAAUAUGGCACGGCGACGGAAACCAAGGCGCUCGAAGAAGGUGUGACGCCCGAGGAGCUAUGCGCCAAAUACAACAAAAUUCACCAGGAAGUUUAUGAAUGGUUCGAGAUCGGGUUUGACUUUUUCGGCCGGACUCCAACGCAAAAGCAUACCGAAAUAUCGCAGAGCAUUUUUAAGCGACUCUACAAGAAUGGAUACCUGGAGGAGAAGACCGCGGAACAGCCAUUUUGCGAAAAGCACCAAUCCUUUUUAGCAGACCGAUAUGUGGAGGGCGAAUGCCCCCGGUGCCACUACGAUGAUGCCAGAGGAGACCAGUGCGAUAAAUGCGGCUCUCUCCUGGAUCCUUUCGAUUUGAUUAAUCCCCGUUGUAAGGUCGACGGCGCGACACCAGUUAGCCGUCCAACGAAACAUAUUCAUCUUCUAUUGGAUAAACUUCAGCCGCAGAUUGAAGAUUGGGUUCGCCCUGCUAUAGAGAAAGGAGACUGGCCGAAAAACAGUCGAGUCAUUACUGAAUCAUGGCUGAAGGAGGGCCUCAAAGAUCGUGGCAUUACGCGAGAUUUAAAAUGGGGUGUACCGGUUCCUCUCGAAGGCUAUGACAACAAAGUUCUUUACGUCUGGUUCGAGGCUUGUAUUGGAUAUCCUUCCAUAACGGCCAACUACACCGAUGAUUGGGAGCUCUGGUGGAGAAAUCCAGAGGACGUCCGAUUAUACCAGUUCCUCGGAAAAGAUAAUGUACCCUUCCACGCUGUCAUUUUUCCCGGCUGCCAGUUAGGAACAAAGGACAAUUGGACCAUGUUGCACCACCUUAGCACCACCGAAUAUCUUAACUAUGAGAACGGCAAGUUCAGCAAAUCCCGCGGUAUCGGUGUCUUUGGAAACAAUGCCAAGGACACUGGCAUUCCCCCAGAUGUGUGGAGAUACUACCUUCUCAAGAACCGACCAGAAACUGGCGAUACCCAAUUUGAAUGGCGUUCCUUCAUCGAUGCCAACAAUGGAGAGCUUCUUGCGAAACUGGGAAACCUCGUAAAUCGAGUUGUCAAACUGAUAGCGAGUCCCAAAGCUUACAGCAGCGUUGUGCCUGAUUUUACCAUUCCGGAAUCAUUCAACCCCAUUCUAGAUGAUGUAACAGCCAUUCUCCGCCAGUACAUUGAAGAAAUGGAAGGGGUUCACCUUCGUGCUGGGCUCAUCACCGCUAUGAGGGUCGCUGAAGCCGGCAACAACCUCAUUCAAUCAAACAAACUCGACAAUUCUCUCAUUGCCAACGAGCCAGAACGGGCUGCCACCGUGGUCGGCAUAGUGACUAACUUAAUUCACCUUUGUGCCAGCGUCUUCUCUCCGUACCUCCCCGCAACAUCAAAGUCCAUUCUCGAACAACUAAAUGCUCCAUUCAAAAAUAUCCCAUCCCUAGAAGACCUCAAGGACGGUUGGAAGCCCACUGCCAUCAAGGCUGGCCAUAAGAUUGGCAAAGCAAAGUAUCUCUUCUCUAACAUCGACGUCAAGAAGGCUGAUGAAUGGCGGGAAAUGUUUGGUGGUUCCCAGGCCGAAAGGCGAAAGAAGGAGGAAGAAGCUGCCAAAGUGGCUGCCAAAAAGGCCGCAAACAAGGCUAAAAAGAAGGAGAAGAAGAAGCAGCCCAAGGGAGAUAAAGAGGAUGUACGCGUGGGAAAGAGUGUGGAGACCUCUGCAAAGGGAGGUGCAGAAGCUGUUUCUGCAACAGCAGAAGACAAGAAGGGUGAAGCGGUGGAGAAGAUUACUGAUGGCGUUGCCCAGGUCACGAUUCCCACAUCUUAA